CGGCAGCAUUUUGUUACUCAGUAUCUUCAGCAUUUAGUCUUUGUUCCUGCUCCAACAUGUUUUCAGUCUCACUUGGACACCGCCCAGGCUGGCUUGAGACAGUGAAGAUUCAAUGACAUUUUUGCCGGUAAUCUACUUUCCAUUGUUGUGGGUUAUUACCAUUUAUCUGAAAAUGGCACUAAAAUUGAGGAGGAAAAUACUGGUGAAUCCUUGCUUCAUUAGUCACAAUUCUUCUCGAUUCAUUGUGUGCUUGAAUUCAAAUCAUGACACAGGGCUUUUCCUUAGCAAAGGUUUUGGUGGGUUUCAGGGAUCUGAUGUAAUAUGCAGACCUCGAUUUUUUUGUCCUGUUACAUGUCUGGAAAGGUUAAGUUGGGAAGGUUCCUCUCAUGCAGUUUUGUUGACAAAGCUUGAAAUUGCUUUGAAGGAUCUCAAACUGGAUGAAGCGUGGGAAACUUUCAAUGAUUUUAAAAGGUUAUAUGGUUUUCCCAACCAUUUACUUGUUAAUAGGCUCAUCACUCAACUGUCCUAUUCGUGCAGCCCUCAUUGGCUACAAAAAGCUUGUGAUUUGGUUAUGAUAGUCUUUAAAGAUAAAUCAUUUCAUCUUCAGCCUGACAUCUUGGCUAAGCUUGUUCUCUCUUUAGCAAGAGCCCAGAUGCCCAUUCCAUCAUCAAUGAUUCUUAGAUUGAUGCUGGAAAAGGAGAUACUACCCCCAAUGAAUGUAUUGCGGUUAGUAUUUCUGCAUAUGGUGAAGACAGAGGUUGGGACAUGUAUAGCAUCCAAUCUCUUGGUCCAGUUUUGUGACUAUUACAUAAGAUUUUGUUCAGGAAAGAGUCAUUGCACUAACUUGCUGAAACCUGAUACAAUGAUCUUUAAUCUUGUGCUUGAUGCUUGUGUUAGAUUUGCAUCAUCUCUCACAGGUCAACAAAUUAUAGAAUUGAUGUCACAAACUGGGGUUGUUGCUGAUGCACACUCAAUCAAUAUCAUUGCUCAAAUCCAUGAAAUGAAUGGGCAGAGGGAUGAGUUGAAGAAAUUUAAAGAUCAUAUUGCUUUUUUACCAGUGCCUUUUGUUUCUCAUUAUCAGCAGUUUUAUGAGUGUUUGUUAAGCUUGCAUUUUAAGUUUGAUGACAUCGAUGCUGCUGCAGAGCUUGUCUUGGACAUGAAUAGAUCUAGGGAAUCCCAUCCUAUUGAAGAUCCUGGGAAGGAUUACCAGAAGCCUCGUUUUGUUCCCAUUGGAUCUCACAAUCUCAGGAAUGGACUGAAGAUGCAAAUUGUGCCUGCGUUGCUGCAAAAGGAUUCUGCCUUCAAAGCAGAAGGCAAAUCGGAUCUUGUUUUCUGUAGGGAUAAGAAACUUCUUCCUACUAAUAGGGCUCUGUCCAAGUUCAUUAAUGGAUACAAGAGGCAUGGGGAAAUCAAUGAGCUGACAAAGUUUUUACUUAGCUUAAAAAGGGAGUUAUGUUCAUUAGGUGGAUCAAGUUUGUUUUCUGACGUGAUUGAUGCAUGCAUUUCAUUAGGCUGGAUGGAGAUUGCUCAUGACAUUUUGGAUGACAUGGAAUCUUCUGGUGAUCCUUUGGGUUCUAGUACAUAUGUGGCACUCCUGACGGCUUAUUAUAAAAGCAAUAUGUCUAGGGAGGGAAAUGUACUGCUAAAACAAAUGAGGAAGGCUGGUUUGGUCGUAAAUUUGUCUGAAAAGAUUGUUAUGUCCGAAAAUGUGCCAGCAAAUGUAAGUAGAAGUUCUCUCUGCAUAAACGUAUCAUCUUCUAUUUGUCAACCAAGUCUCUCUGAGUCUCUUUUUCAAGAAAUAUGUGAGGCGGAGAAGGCAAUAUCUCCUAUAAUUUAUGAAUUGAACUCUUCUAUUUACUUCUUUUCAAAGGCUAAAAUGAUGGGGGAUGCGCUGAAGGUAUACCGAAGAAUGGAAGAGAUGAAAAUCCAACCCACUGAACAUACUUUUGCAUAUCUGGUAUGUGGGUAUUCUUCACUAGAAAUGUAUCGUGAUAUUACUAUUCUGUGGGGUGACAUGAAGAGGACCAUGGAGAGUAGGAAUUUAUCUGUGAGUAGUGAUUUGUACGAGUUCUUGCUGCUAAACUUUAUUCAAGGUGGAUACUUUGAAAGGGUGAUGGAGGUCAUAGGUUAUAUGGAAAAGCGUAGCAUCUAUAUUGACAAAUGGAUGUAUAAGAUUGAAUAUCUAAAGAUCCAUAAGAAUCUUUAUAGGAGCUUAAAAGCAUGGAAAGCUAGAACUGAGGCUCAAGGUAAGAGGCUUGAGCAUGUUCAGGCUUUUAAGAAAUGGGCUGGCAUUAAAUGAAGGUUUUCAAAUAUGUUAGGUGUUUGGGUGAAUGGUUUAUGAUGUUGCGUGCUUUUAAUGUCAAGAUUUGAUCUUUAACUUUCUAUAAGUAAGAGCCGAAGCUAAAUAGUUUAGAACCAAAAGCAAAAUAUAAGGAGAAAUUAAGUUCUGUUGGUCAUGAAACCUUUAUAACUUUCAAAGCCCGAGGAAGAAGUUCAGUUUCAUUUUUUGAUCUCUCAUUGGAUCUAUGUUGAUAUCCAAUAUGUCUUGCUGUACUUUCUCUGUUCCGAUAGCUACAAUGUUGUCAAGAAGAUGGCUUUACCUUAAGUUGCACUCUUGACUCUUUCCUUUCUAGAGCUGGAUUUGGUAAAGGUUCUAUAGUGUGCUUUCCCAGGAGGUAAGGACAAAGUUACUUAUUUUUAAGAUUCAUAACCUUUAUACUAAAUUAUGUGAAUAAAAACCAUUUCAUUGUUUGUUUUCUCUGUAAAUAACAAAGGUUUGAUUGAAUUUUGUUUCUCUCUCAUCCUCUCAGUGUGUUUUAAUUUAUCUUGUGAGGUCGGGGGAUUAUCAUGCCUAUAUAUCACGAAAGCAUAUAAGC